AUGACUAUUGAGCAGGCCUCGGACCUCCGGCCCGGUGGCCCCUGCGCCGCCUCUCCCCCGUGCGGCCGGGCUGACAGGAGCCUGUCGCCGCCUCACCCCCCCGCAGGUGGCCCCGGCAGCGCCCGGGCGGGCUCGCCUGUCAGCGAUGAGGAGGCCGGCAGCGAGGUGCUCAGCCACUGCAGCAGCGCCAGCGAGGGGGCCAGCCCCGCCGAGGAGGCCGCAGGGAGUGAGGCGGUGGGUGAGCAAGGCCAGGAGGAGGAGGUGGAGGACAGGCUGAAGGAGCACAUGGACAACCUCCUGGACAAGAGUGCCAAGACGCGGCAGGUGGCACUGCAGAGCCUGCGCCUAGCCUUCUCCUCCAAAAUCCUCUCCGAGUUCCUGCUGGAGCGCCGCCUCACGCUCACCGACUCCCUGGAGAAGUGUCUCAAGAAAGGUAAAGGGGAGGAACAGGCAUUGGCGGGCACCGUCCUCACCCUUCUCUGCCUCCAGAUGGGCUCUGGCCCAGAGGGGGAAGAGGUGUUUCGCAGCCUGAAGCCGCUGCUCAUCAGUGUCCUGACAGACAGUGCAGCCAGCCCUGGUGCCCGGCAGAGUUGUGCCACGGCCCUGGGCAUGUGUUGUUACAUUGCUGCGGCUGACCUUGAGGACCUGGUCUUGUGCCUGUCCUGCUUGGAGGGCAUCUUCAGCCCACCCAGCGCAGGCGAGGGGGGCUCAGCACCCUCCCAGCAUGGCCCUCUGCACUGCAGUGCGCUCCAGUCAUGGUCCCUGCUCCUCACCAUCUGCCCUCCCUCCCACGUCAAGAGUGUCUUGGACAAUUGCUGGCUGAAGCUGCCCCCGCUGCUCUCCAGCAACAGCGUCGUGCUGCGCAUCCUGGCCGGGGAAACCAUCGCGCUGGUCUUCGAGCUGGCCCAGGAGGUGGAGGAGGACUUGUGCCAUCAAGAUACAGAGUUCCUGCGUGCCCAGCUCAAGGUCCUGGCUACCGAGAGUAACAAGUACCGAGCCAAGACGGACCGACGGAAGCAGCGCUCCAUCUUCCGGGACAUCCUGCGUUUCAUCGAGAGCGGAGAGUACCAGGAGGAGACGAUCCGAUUUGGCCUGGAGUGCAUGUACCUGGACAGCUGGGCGCGCCAGCGGACCUACCAAGCCUUUAAAGAGGUGCUGGGCUCUGGCAUCUGCCACCACCUCCAGAACAACGAGCUGCUACGGGAGAUCUUUGGCCUCGGGCCCCCCUUGGUGCUGGAUGCGGCCGCUCUGAAAGCCAGCAAGGUCUCCCGCUUUGAGAAGCACCUCUACAACUCGGCUGCCUUCAAAGCCCGCACGAAAGCCCGGAGCCGGGUGCGGGACAAGCGGGCGGACGUGCUGUGACGGGGCAGAGAGGGGCAGAGCCCCCAGCCCACCUGGACUGCAGACCCAGCACUGUGAGGGGCAGGUGCCCCCAGCCCUCGGGCUUUUAUUCAUGUACAGCAGAGUAUUUAAUGCCUGGAGCUGCCCCGCCGGGGGCUGCCCCCUCUUUUAUUUUUUUAACCAAAAAAAAAAAAAAAAAAAAAAAAAAAAAAAAA